AUGAAUCCCGAGCAGCAAGACAGAGAUAUGAACGAUGCAACGUCAGCAUUAAGUCAUUUGACUGAAAUCGACGACAACGAGACGGUGCCCUCUAUGACGAACGACGACUACACUGAAACAGGGACUGAUGGUCGGGUAUCCCCUGCUCCUUCCUUGUACUCUCUCACUCCAAGCUUACGCGACCAAAGCUUUCGCCAUGUCCAUGGUAGGAGCUUAAACGCACACAGCGACGUAUACUCUCUACCUGCAGAUGAAUUAGAGGCGCAGCGACUAUACAAGCAACAUAAGUUGUUUUACCUUUUAGCACGGAACGACCACUACUACGGGAUGACUGACCUAGUUCGGGAGGUGCUUGCACCCACUGAAGAACGUCAGAGAAUGGCGCUAGACCUUGGGUGUGGCCCCGGAGCAUGGACAAUUCAAUGUGCGACCGACUUCCCUCACGUUGAGGUGCUGGGCGUUGACCUUGCCCCUACCAGUGCCAUUGUACCACCCCCGAACUGUCGCUUUGAGAUAGACGAUCUGAAUCUUGGCUUGGAGCACUUUUUUGGUCCGACCUUUGACAUUGUGCAUGCUCGUCUUCUAAACUCGGGUGUCAAAGAUUAUGCAGGUCUCGUGGAUCAGGUGUCUCGUUGUCUCCGCCCAGGGGGACUUGUUAUCUUUGCCGAAUUCGAUUUCAGAAUCUGGGCUGAAGACCAUCGUCUGCUUAUUCCUCCUAACUUUUACACUCCUCUUCCUACUCCGAGUCAAGGUGGUCAGUCAGCUACUGGUUCCACAAUUGGACUAGGAUCCAGUGGUAGGUCCAGUGCGAACGCUAGUAAAUUCUCAACUGUCUUAACACAAUGGGCUGUGCCUACUUGGAUGGCUACCAUGAGCAAAUGUGUCAGAGCCAAGGGUGGGAACAUAGACGCCGCCACGCUGUUGAAGACCUGGUUACGGGAACACCCGAACUACGAAGAUGUGCAGCCAAGAGACUUGUGGGCACCUCUUGGUCCGUGGAAAGCCACACAGCCUAAUGAUUGGACACAGCAUCCUAAUUUUCCGACUGUUGGAGAGAUGUCUCGGGAUAACUUAAUUAACCUGAUGAUUGGAGCGCGCCCACUGCUUUAUGGAUGGUUUUCUUCCGAGGAAGUAGCUGAACUAGAGGAAACCGCAACCAAGGAGGUACAGGCCGAAACCGAUCCGAUGUACAUACGUGUCCAAGUUACUACUGCACAUUUAUCGAUUGGAAAACUUUUUGAUGUCAAGAACAAAAUCGCAUUGGUUUCUGGAGGUGGAUCUGGGAUUGGAUUUAUGAUUGCCAGUGCCCUCGUUCAAAAUGGGGCCAAAGUUUACAUUGCUUCACGAAAAGAAAAGCAGCUUCAAGAGGCUCAGAAAGCUCUAAACGAAAAAGGUCCUGGUCGCUGCGAAUAUAUCGUGGCGGACCUCGGUUCUAAGGCAGGAUGCGAGGCGCUGUGCGAUGCUUUUAAGAAACGCGAAUCAAAGCUUCAUAUUUUAGUGAAUAAUAGUGGGGCUACCUGGGGUGCUCCAUGGGACAACUUUCCGGAGAAAGAAGGUUGGGAUCGUGUAAUGGCCCUGAACGUCAAGAGUUUGUUCUACAUGACAUCUGGGUUGUCGGAGCUUCUUCAAAAAGACGCCACGGCAGCUGAUCCAGGUCGCGUUGUGAAUAUCUCGAGUGUUGCUGGCAAUGAUCCAAUCGCACAUGACACCGGGCUGGCCAAUAAAGACCAAGGUUUAUGGAGCUACAACACCAGCAAGGCGGCGGUUAACCACUUAACGACCACGAUGGCCGUUACGUUGGCUCCCAAGUUUGUCACUGUGAACGCAAUUCUUCCGGGAGUGUACCCAUCAAAAAUGACUGCAUUCGGAUUCUCCAAGGCUGCCGAUCUACUAGCAAAAUCCCAUCCUAUGGGUCGAGUUGGUGCACCAACAGAUAUGGCAGGGCUCUUCCUAUUCCUCGUCUCCCCUGGAGGUGCGCACAUUACGGGCGCGCACAUCGAAAGCGACGGAGGCUCUCGGAUUAGUGGGCGUGGUAUUGGCAAGCUCUAA